AUGCAACCUUCAUCUUGGUCGACCACUGCCAGCCCCGUUCCAAUGGCACCAUUCAUUCUUAAAGCUCAGGAAUGCGCGCGUAGGAGAAGGCCCACAGCUCACAGACUCAAAUCGCCUGGUGGAAGUGACCGAGAUGUGAAAGCUCACAACGCAUGGAAACGUUCGCACGUGCUUCUUCGACGUUUGGGUUCCAGGAUAAAUGCUAUUCGAAUGUUUUUAAGAACUCACAAGCGCAGCAACACCUCAACCAACUUCACUCUUGAUAUGCUAAUGCCGCGUCCUUUUGAAAAUCCAACUAUACCGAUGUUUGAUGGGAAUCUGCCUACGCGUGAGGCUAUAAUUGAAAGUCGAGCCAAAUCAGCGCGAGUGAUCUUGAAUGUUGGCGGAGAUAAACACGAGGUGCUCUGGAAAACUCUGGAUCGAGUGCCUCACUCGCGAUUAGGACGUUUGCGUUACGCUGUAACGCACCAGGACAUCAUGCAGUUGUGCGACGAUUACAAUAUCGAAACAAAUGAAUACUUUUUUGACCGUCAUCCACAGACAUUUGGUUGUGUGCUAAAUAUGUACCGCACAGGUCAUCUACAUACAAUGGAGGAUAUAUGUAUCCUUGCCUAUCACAGUGACCUUAUCUACUGGGGUAUUGAAGACCACAACAUGGACCCCUGCUGUCUGAGCAGGUACUACCAAAAGAAGGAGCACGUGGAGGACGAGAUGAAAAAGGUGAACGAAAUUUUCAUGCAAGAAAUGGACGACGAGUACUUUGGAGAUAAUAAAUGCGCCAUCUAUCGGAAAAAGUUGUGGGACAUUCUUGAAAAACCUCAGACAUCUUCAGCAGCCAGAGUGAUAGCCUUAAUUUCUGUAACCUUCAUUCUCUUGUCAACAAUUGGAUUGGCUCUGAACUCACUGGCAAUGCCUCAAGAAUUUCGAAACCACACGGUAGAGGCAUCCGGUGGCAUCAACAGAACAUACCGAUUUAAAGAACACUCCAAUCGUUUUGAAGCAAACGGGAACACCCAAUACCACUUGGACAAUCUGGAGCUGGUCUGCAUUAUCUGGUUCACCGUUGAAUAUCUGGUCCGAUUCGUCGUGGCACCUUACAAAUACCGUUUUCUGAAAAGUCCCAUGAACUUAAUAGAUAUGAUUGCCAUUCUUCCAUAUUACGUCUCAAAAGCUCUGGACUCACUUACAGCCAUUAGCAAAGUUGUCCAAGUCUUUCGACUACUACGUGUCCUCCGAGUCCUCAAACUAGCACGGCAUUCCAUUGGCUUGCAAGCAUUGGGGUACACUGUUCGCAGAUCCUACAAGGAACUUGGCCUCCUGAUGAUGUUUGUAGCCAUGGGUGUGCUUAUAUUUUCCAGUCUUGCCUACUUUGCCGAGAAGGACGAGAGAGACACUAAGUUUGAGAGCAUUCCUGCCACCUUUUGGUGGGCCAUAAUCACCAUGACAACAGUUGGAUAUGGCGACAUGAGUCCGACAACCACAUGGGGCAAAGUGAUUGGAUCCGGUUGCGCCCUCUGUGGAGUGCUUGUUCUCGCCAUGCCAAUUCCAAUAAUUGUGAAUAACUUUGAUCAAAUGCGACGAGAGAAGGCGGUUCGACGACAGGAGGAAAUGCAACGUGCACGACAAUGUGAAAGUCUUAGUUCUGGCAGCCUGGAAUUAGAUCAAAGUUUAAUGGAAGGUGGUGUGCCGAGGAAUAUGAGUGGAAAUACAACGACAAACUGUAAAAAGACCGUGUUUCAUGAUGGUUCUGGAAACCGAUACAGCGAAUGCCACGUCGAUAUGGAACGGACGUUGAGUGAACCAUUAGACCUCGGAGGCUCUUUUAGUCAUCCCAUAAUGAAGAGUCGUACAUCCUCAUUUGACGACUUAAACACUCGAAAGCACUCUAUGGACGUUGCAGUACAGGUUCACACUUGCACAGAACCUAGCGUACCAACUUAG